UGUCACGGUUUAGCGAAUCUUGUGAUGAUAUCGGAGAAUGUCAGAAUGCUGACAAGUUAAAUGAUUUUCGAGCUAUUAAUAAUGUCCCUUAUCAAUGCGCCUUGUAAAGUUUUUGUCCUGACCAAUGCUGCCCUUUACGACGGGCUGCGCAUCCGACAGAAUGUCAAGACGUGAAUCCAUGUCGAAAUUCUAUGGUGGCAAAUAGUUGCAAAUUCAUUCGGAACCAUAACACCUGGUUACCAUCUAUCAUAUAUAAUGAAUGGAAUGUGUCAUGCACUUGCAAUACCGGAUAUGAAUGGGAAUCAAGGUAUAGUAUGUGUAUUGACGUUAAUGAGUGUACUAAGAAUUUUGAUUUGUGUGAUAACAAGUCUGAAAUUUGUAUAAAUCUUCCGGGACGCUACAAGUGUAUUUGUCGCUGGGGAUUCCAGUGGUCAACAGAACAGCAAAUAUGUAUACCGGAUAUGUUGGUGAGGAGUGCGGAAAUACGAUAUGGUCUGCGUUAUGAACGUGCAACCGAUACAUCAACUUCAGUUACUAAUAUGACAAAUUUCAUUUGGAAUUUCAUCAUAAACGUUUGGCAUCAAGUUCAUCACAGAAUUGACACAAAUAAAGUUUUGUAAAAAUACAUAGGUUACAUAUUACAUAUUAUAUUAAUGCAAUCAAGUUGCCUAUUUAGACAUAUAUAUAUAUAUAUUUACAUGACUUGGAUAUCAUUUAUCAAAAUAUCGUAUUAUUUCAAUAAAUAAUAGUGUGCACAUAUAUAACAAUAGUGAGCUAUUGAAAUUAUGUUGUGUACUUACUGAGUAAUGGUUAAAUUACA